AUGGCCGAUGAACCCCGUCGCUCCGGUCGAGCCACCAAAGGCCAGCACAAAAACCUUGAAUUACCCGACGCUCCCACGAAGAAAGGCAAGAGCAAAAGCCCCAAAGAACAGAAAGACAAGUCAAGCAAAGCUUCCGCCGAACCUACGCCUGGUCCUAGCGAUGGGGAAGAGGAGGAAAUCAUCCGUUGCAUCUGUGGCGAAUACGAGGAAGAAGAGGACGUCGAGCGAGAUAUGAUCUGUUGCGAUCAAUGUUCGGCAUGGCAACACAAUGACUGCAUGGGCCUGACUUUUGCCAAGGGCCAAGAACCUGACCAUUACUACUGCGAGCAAUGCAAGCCCGAGAACCAUAAAGUCCUGCUGGAAAAGAUUGCUAGGGGCGAGAAGCCUUGGGAGGAGGUCGCUGAGAGACGUCGUCGUGAGGCAGAGGACAAGAAAACAAAGCGGAAGAAGGGUAAGAAGGGGGCCAGGAAAAGUCAAGGCAAAGCAGAAAGUAGCACACCAGCUCGCGCUGGAACCUCUACCACUCCUGGACCAGGUCAAACACCCGCUGUUGACGCAUCUGCAUCCGCCGAGCCAGAAAAUAAUGGACAUAUGGUGGAUUCGCGACGGUCGAGUACCAACAAGCGCAAGCUCGAGGAGGGUAUCGAAACCGAAUCGGGCCCUCAGGUCAAGCAACAACGAGUCUCCCCUGAAGCUCCGCCUGUGACGGCUCCCAACCUCAAAGCGGAGUCGCCGGUGGACACUCCGGUCGAGGCAACUGUAGAAUCAAUUCAGAUUCCUGCUCGCAAGAGUGCAGCCACAGCACUCAUCAAGCUCUUUGUCGACCAGAUUGCGUUGGCUCAAAGGCAGAAUCCCUCAGCGUUACCAGCGAACCUGUCCACCGAAACUGUCGCGCAUCGACUUGGUCUGUCCAUAGAGGAUGCCAUUUACCAUGCCCUCUGCGGCAAUGCAGGCGAACCGACGGAGCAAUACAAGCUCCAGUUGCGAACGAUUUUAUUCAACGUCAAGAAGAAUCCUUCUCUACGCGAUCGUCUGCUCUCGGGAAAUCUGUCACCGGAUUCAUUGGCCAGGAUGAAAGCAGAGGAUAUGGCGAGUGAAGAACUACAGCAAAAGGAUGCUGAAAUCAAAAGGGAAGCGGAGCGUCAACAUAUCAUCGUUGAGGAGGAGGGACCCCGUAUUCGACGAACGCAUAAGGGUGAAGAGCUCAUCGAGGACGAAACCCACAGCGCCGCGAUGGAGUCGGUCUUCUCGGCUGGGCCCCGCCGUCUCACGGAUGCUGAUCGUAGUCCGGAUAACCACAGCCCUCUUACACCAAGAGGCCCACAAGGUAACGGAUCGCAAAAUGAUCAUGGCCGUGGACAGUCCCCUGCUGGUGCACAUCACGAUCAGGUAUUCCCCGAAGUCACAGCAAACAUUCAUGAGCCAGUACCCCAUGGACGCAAGACACAAGCCGAUGCUGAGAUUGAUCAGCUGCUUCGCGACGAGGAGCCUGAAUCUCCACCCUACUCACCAAAGGACUUUGGCGAUGGUGGUAUCAUCUGGCGCGGCAAGGUCGCAAUGAUUCCGGUAUCAGAGUUUUCUGCUACUGCAAAGCAUGUCGGUGGUGCAGAAUUGAGUGGUCGCAUUCCGUGGUCGCAACUGGCGCCGUCAAGUCUCAUGGUCGACGGUCGUAUCGACAUUCAGCUUGCUAGCAGCUACCUUUGCGGCCUACGCUUCAGCUCCUCAACAGACGUGUCCGUGAUUGCCAUCAGCUACCCGGAUGCGCCAUCCGAUCGCGCAGGAUUUGACAAGCUUUUCGAUUACUUUAAAAACCGUUCACGCUAUGGAGUAAUCGGUAAACAUCCCUUGCCAGCUGUGAAAGACACCUAUAUCAUCCCCAUUGAGGCCGGCACUACCACCAAGCCUGAAUUCAUCGAGUUGCUAGAGAACAACAGCCUCGAGGACCGCAUUGCUGAGCGGAUGUUGCUGGUCGUUUUCGUUGUGAAAACGAGUGAAUCAAAUCCAUCAUCUUUGCCGCCCCCGUCUCAUCGUCCAAGUCAGGAAUCGGCUAUUUCUGCUAGCCCACUUCCUCCUCCUGGCGCUACAACUCAGCAACGGUCAUCGAUCACUCCAGCACACAAUCCACCCUUCCAACCGGCCACAACACAGCAAGUCCCAGCAUAUCAGACUCAGCAGCAACAACCACCACAGUCGGGUCUUACCGGGGUCGCUGCUGCUAUUCAAGUCCUUGGAGCACAAGUCAGCUCGCCGGCUAUCCAGCAGCUCUUGAAAACGGCACCUAAUGUGGAUGUCACGCAGUUGAAUGUUGUUCGUGAUAUCCUCGCCCGGCAGCCCGCCGCAGCCGCCAGCUAUGAUGCGCUCAUGCAGGCACUGUUCGAGACUCAAGCAAACGGCCGUAUUCCUUCUUAA